UGGCAACAUUGCUACCGCUACCAACAUUAUUACGAUAAAUAAAUAAUUGGCUGAAUAGUGAUGACAUAGCUUAUUUUGAAGUAAUUCGCUAACUUUUCCAUUUCAGACAAUUACUGCCAAAUAGUGGAAAACAAACAAAUUCCUCGAAAUGCCGAUCGAAAAUCUGGAAGAGCAGGGUUUAGAAAAGAAUCCAAAUCUUGAGUUGUCGCAGAUCAAGUUUUUGUUGAGCUUGCCGGAACACGGUCAAGAUAAAUUGCUUGUCGAAAAAUUGCAAACCGCAAUAAAAGCAGACCAUAUGGCCCCCUGGUACGAGGAAGUGUGCAACGAUCUCGGAUGGCCUGUUGACCAGCAACUGCUUGCCGAUAUGAAAGAGGUUAAUCGAAAAAAGUUGGGUGAACUGGAUGCUGUCAUUGAAGAUGCAGAAAAAAAUCUAGGCGAGAUGGAAGUUAGGGAAGCAAACUUGAAGAAAUCAGAAUAUCUGUGCAGAAUUGGUGACAAGGAAGGUGCCAUUUCUGCAUUCAGAAAAACCUAUGACAAAACAGUUUCCUUGGGUCAUCGACUAGAUAUUGUUUUUCAUAAUAUCCGCAUUGGGUUGUUUUAUCUAGAUCAUGACCUUAUUACGAGAAAUAUUGAAAAGGCUAAAACAUUGAUUGAGGAAGGUGGAGAUUGGGACCGUCGUAAUCGUCUCAAAGUAUACCAAGGUGCCUAUUGCGUCGCAAUUCGUGACUUUAAAGCUGCAGCUAAUUUCUUUUUGGAUACUGUCAGUACGUUUACUAGCUAUGAACUGAUGGAUUACGCUUCUUUCGUGCGGUACACUGUUUAUGUGUCUAUUAUCAGUUUACCAAGAAACGAACUCAGAGAUAAAGUGGUGAAAGGUGCUGAAAUUCAGGAAGUGCUUCACCAGCUACCCGAUGUAAAAGAUUAUCUUUUUUCGUUAUACAACUGCCACUAUUCAGACUUCUUCAAGAACCUUGCCCUUGUCGAAACCGUCUUACGGAAAGAUGUACUUUUCCAUCCACAUUAUCGUUUUUACGUACGUGAGAUGAGAAUUCUUGCUUAUACUCAGCUGUUGGAGUCCUAUCGUUCGCUUACUCUGCAAUACAUGGCUGAUGCCUUUGGUGUGAACGUGGAUUACAUCGAUGGUGAAUUAUCGCGAUUUAUUGCCGCAGGACGUUUGCACUGUAAGGUGGAUCGUGUUGGUGGAAUUGUCGAGACUAAUCGACCAGAUAGUAAGAACUGGCAAUAUCAAGCAACAAUAAAGCAGGGCGACAUACUGCUCAACCGCGUGCAGAAGCUUAGUAGAGUCAUCAAUAUUUAAAAAGCUUCCCCUUAAUCAUUAUAUUCGAAUUCGAAAAUAAAUGCUUUUCUUAACACAAUUGUCUUGUAAAUUACGAAAA